UGAUAAUUAAAUUGGUGAUUAAGGUAUAUCAGGUUUAGGUUUUGCUUUAGCAAAUUGCACUAAUCUCUCAAAUUUGACACUUUAACUUUAUGGUAAUUAAAUUGGUGAUUAAGGUGCAUCUGGUUUAGGUUAAGCUUUAGCAAAUUGCACUAAUCUCUCAAAAUUGACACUAAAUCUUGGUGAUAAUUAAAUUGAUGAUUAAGGUUUAUCAGGUUUAGGUUUUGCUUUAGCAAAUUGCACUAAUCUCUCAAAUUUGACACUUUAUCUUUA